GGCAGCAGCAGAGCCUCUCCGUAGCGCCUGUAAGGACGGAAACGUGUCGCUGCUCCGUCCGGCUGGCAGCUCCAGCACCAGCGAGGCCUCGGCGGACACCUCGGCGGACACCUCGGUGGACAACCCCGUCCCCCGCGGACACCCCCGUCCCCCGCCUGCGGUGUGUGCUGGAAGUAGGCCACAGCUGCCGAUGAUGAAAGUGGUGUGGAUAUACAACCUUCCUGGCAUCUGUACCUGAACAGUCGGCUUACUGCUCUCUCUACUCGGCCGUGAAAUAUGUUGGAUGCAGCUCAGUGACAAAGUCUAGAGGGAAACUCAAUUUUCUUUCUGAACUUUUGUGACAAGACUGCCAUGUUAGAAUUAGAAAUGUUAAGGAGAAGUUGGAAAAGCCAGUAAAGUUUGAGGACUGAGGGCUCGUGUUGACGAUUUCCGUGGUUUGGCAUCCCCUGAACUGCCAGCCUCCCAGGAUGACCAGCUUGUUCAGGCGCAACAGCAGCGGGAAUGGAAGUGGAGGUGGGGCCGGAAACAGUCAGGGUCAGCUCAACAACAGCAGACCCAACCGGCAGGUCAAGCGCCUGGAGUUCAACCAGGCCAUGGAGGAUUUCAAGACCAUGUUCCCUUCAAUGGACUAUGAGGUGAUUGAAUGUGUUCUGCGCUCCAACAACGGAGCAGUGGACGCCACCAUCGACCAGCUGCUCCAGAUGAGCAUUGACGGACAGGGAUCGGACGACAGCUCCGACUCUGAUGACAGCAUCCCAGCAGAGAUUCUGGAGCGAACUCUGGAACCGGACAGUUCUGAUGAAGAACCACCACCUGUUUAUUCUCCACCCGCGUAUGACAUGCACAUCUACGACAGGAAAUAUCCAGAGGCGCCGCCAACGCCCCCCCCACGGUUUGAAGCCCAAGCAUCUGAAGGAGACCAGCAGGUGAGAACGUACCGGAACUGGAACCCUCCUCUGCUGGGAAACCUGCCGGAUGAUUUUCUGAGGAUCCUGCCACAGCAGCUGGACAGCAUCAAGAGCUCCCAGAGCAGUCCUUCUCAGCCUUCAUCGUCCUCUUCCUCCUCAGUCUCCUCCAUAAGUCAAUGGACAGCUGAUUCUGGUUCUGGUGGUGCAGGGACCAGCGGAGGUCUGGGUGUAUCAGCAGCAGCCACUGCACAGGAUGAUAAACUGAAGCAGUAUCUGGAGGACGAGCGGAUCGCCCUGUUUCUGCAGAAUGAGGAGUUCAUGAGGGAGCUGCAGAGGAACCGAGACUUCCUUAUGGCCCUGGAGAGAGAUCGCUUGAAGUACGAGUCAAAGAAAUCAAAGUUCCUUCAUACAUCCAGCACCGACAGCUCCACAGGAAAACAGAGCUGUUCUGUCUCAGACGAGGCCGUCUCAGAUGAUGCUGUGUUCAGAGACAAGCUUAAACUCAUGGGCAAAUCAACAAGAAAGAAGCUGUUUGAAAUCGCCAGAGCUUUCUCUGAGAGAACAAAGAGGAGGAAGUCCAAAAGACGGCUGCUCCUGAAGCACCAUUCAUUGGGCACAGCCAACUCCACUGUCAACCUCCUGGAGGAAGAUGAGGGACAACCCCAUGAGGAAGAUGGUCAGCCCAGAAGAACCAACACUCAGGAACCGACGGAGCCAGGCAGUGACCCAGUAUCAUGAUUCUCCCAUCAUGCACCAUAUCCAAGUUGCCAUGGUGACAGCAGCACGACGCAUGAGUGGUGGUUCCUGUCCUGACUCACCGACCCCGCUCAAUCCAAACCAGCUCAUGUAAGGAGUGGAGACCCACUCCUCAUUCUGGGGAGAAGAACUGGACUUUUUCCCUGUAUAGUCCUGAGUACCAGUCCCAGUACAGGUCCCAAGUCUGUUCCCACUAAAGUCCCCAGUACAAGUCCCACUACAGUCCCCUGAAGAUGUCCCACUACAGUCCCCUGAAGAGGUCCCACUACAGUCCCUGGUUCAGGUUUCUGAUCAGUCACCCAAACAGGUCCCACUACAAUCCCAGGUUCAGCUCCAACUACAACCACCCAAGUCCGUUCCCACUACAGUUACCCAAACAGGUCCCAUUACAGUUCCCAGUACAGGUCGCACCAUAGUCCCCUCAAACAUGUCCCGCUACAGUUCCCAGUAUAGUCCAGAGGUAGUUUCCAGUACAGUCCCGAGUACCAGUCCCAGUACAGGUCACAAGUCAUUUCCCAGUACGGAUCCCCCUUCAAUCAACAGUAGCGGCCUGAGUACCAGGCUCGAGUACAGAUCCCAGUGGAUCUCAGUAGUCACCAAUAUGGAUCCCAGUACAGUCCCCAGUAGUGGCACUGGUCUGUUAAACUGCAUCACUAGUAGCUGAUCAUUUGAUGAUUAAAGGUAAACACUAGGGGUUCCAGAGCUUCCUGUGAUGUUUCGUUAGUUUCCUGUUGGGGGGUAAAUAUUUGGGUUGGGGUCAUUUUUGUGAAAGAACUCUUUCAGACUGAACUUUUUUAAUACGUUUUUUUUCUCUUCCUAUCAUGUUCAUCAUCAGAUUGGUGUGUUUUAUUGUUUCACAUGACUUCUGUACAAUGCCUGAGUACGAUGGCCAUUAAAGCAACACGAGUUCAUCACAUUUCAGACUCUUCUGU